GACCGCGGCCCCAGGCCCCUUGAGUGUCUGCCGUCCCCACUUCCCUUCCCAGGCAGGCCCCCCCCCCCCCCCCCGACGCUUCUAGCAGCCGCUCUUCCCCUGUCUGGUCCGCGGAGGUGGUUGGUUACCAUGGUGAAGCUGGCGGCCAAAUGCAUCCUGGCAGGAGACCCGGCAGUGGGCAAGACCGCCCUGGCACAGAUCUUCCGCAGCGACGGAGCCCAUUUCCAGAAGAACUACACCCUGACGACAGGGGUGGAUUUGGUGGUGAAGACGGUGCCAGUCCCUGACACGGGGGACAGCGUGGAACUCUUCAUUUUUGACUCUGCCGGCAAGGAGCUGUUUUCGGAAAUGCUGGAUAAAUUGUGGGAGAGUCCCAACGUCUUGUGUCUCGUCUAUGACGUGACCAACGAGCAGUCCUUCACCAACUGCAGCAAGUGGCUGGAGAAGACUCGGUCCCAGAUCCCAGGCACGUCUCUCCCAGGUGUGUUAGUGGGGAACAAGACAGACCUGGCCGGCAGACGGGCGGUGGAUUCGGCUCAGGCCCGGGCGUGGGCCCUGGGCCAAGGCCUGGAAUGUUUUGAAACAUCCGUGAAGGAGCUGGAGAACUGUGAAGCCCCCUUCCGCUGCCUGGCCAAGCUGUUCCACCACCUGUACCGGGAGAAGGUGGAGGUGUUCCACGCGCUGCUGUGAGGGCCGGGUGGGCUGCGCCUCACCAGGCGCCGUGCUGCUGGGGAGCCACCAGCGGCCGCGGCUCCUCGGGGCCAAGAGACGCUGGAACUGCCCGGCCCUUCCACGGCUU